AUGAUCCUUCAUGCGGGGCUGUGUCCUGGCCUCUCGGAUGAAAUGGUGCAAGUAUUAAAAGCCAAUGGCAUCAAAACAGUGGUUGAUCUUGUCUCAUCAGAUCUGGAGGAAAUUGCCCAGAAGUAUUCUUUAUCAUACAAGACCUUAGUUGCAGUACGACGUGUGUUGCUGGCACAGUUUUCCUCCUUCCCAGUCAAUGGGGCAGAUCUCUAUGAAGAGUUGAAGCACACCACAGCAAUCUUGUCUACUGGAAUUGAAAGCUUGGACAAACUUCUUGACUCGGGUAUAUACACAGGGGAACUGACAGAACUUGUUGGAGCACCCAGUGCUGGAAAAACUCAGGUGUGCCUCAUUGUAGCUGCAACUGUAUCCCAUAGUCUCAAGCAGACGGUCCUGUACAUUGACUCGACUGGGGGCUUCACCAGUGCCCGUCUCCUGGAGCUACUGAAUUGCUUAACUGAGGAUGAGGAGGAGCAGGCUGAGGCAUUGCGGAGGAUCCAGGUUUUUCGUACUUUUGAUGCCUACAAAAUGCUUGAUGUGCUGCAGGAAGUCCGCAGUUAUAUGGCCCAGCAGAUACUCAGCACCUCUGGACCAGUAAAGCUACUUAUUGUGGAUUCCAUUUCUGCUGUAAUUUGCCCUUUCUUGGGACUUCGGCAGCCCGAUGGCAUGGCCCUCAUGAUGCAUUUGGCUAGGGAGAUGAAAACCCUUGCCAAAGAAUUCGGGAUUGCCAUAUUGUUGACAAAUCAUGUGACCAGAGAUGCUGGCGGUGGUUUUAAACCAGCACUGGGUCGCUCGUGGAGUUUCAUACCUAACACUCGGCUGCUGCUGGAGAAGAGAAAAGACAAUUGUGAGAAAGCAGGUCGAGUCGCAUCUUUGAUGAAAUCUUCUCGACAGGUGAAAACGUGAAACAGAUGUCUCUACUGUGGCCUCCAUAUAUCAAACUUCUCUAACUUAGUGAUGUUCAAUUGUGUUGGAAAUACAUCUCUCAGAAUUCCUUGCCAAUAUAGCCAAAGGCAGUCAU